UACGUUCGUGACCGGGCUUCGCCAUACCAGAUUGUAUCGGAACUCAGGUACCUCUUCUAUUACAGUUUCUUAUAUAUGAUGCGCCCAGGAGUAUGUGCUUCUUCCGCAUCCCACUCAUCAACCACAGGCCUGUCUGUCUCCAGUCAAUAAACGCUAGCAGUCUUCGAAUCGUUGUCUGUAUAUUUCCCACCUUCCCAAUAUCCAGCCAACGACUCGAUUCACUCUCUAGCUACAAUGGACAAAUCUUCCCAAGUCCUCCUGUUCGGAGACCAGACCACCUCUUCCCAAGCUUCCCUCAAGCGUCUCCUUUCAGUCAAGCACAACGCUCUUCUUACUACUUUCUUUGAGAGAGUGUUCUUCGCCCUGCGUCAAGAAACCAGCAGGCUCCCCGUUUCGUUCCAGGAUCAGUUCCCUCGCUUUACUUCCCUCCUGGAUCUUCUGGCGCGCCACACCGAGUCGAAAGUUAAGAAUCCAGCCCUUGAGAGCGCAUUCCACACCCUAAAUCAACUCGCUUCUUUUGUUAGUCAUUAUGGCCAGAGCACGCAGAAGUACCCUUCCCCUUCCGAAAGCCACGUUGUUGGUGUUUGCACUGGUCUUCUUUCUUCUGCCGCCAUCAGCACCAGCCAGACAUGGGCCGAGCUCUUCCCAGCGGCCAUCGAGGUUGUGCUUAUGGCCUUCCGCACCGGCCUACGAACCACCCAAGUUCGCGAUGAUAUCGAACAGCCAGGAGCUGGCAAUCAGUCAUGGUCCAUGAUUGUGCCGCUCACCGCGCAGCGCGCCAACAUGGCAUUAGAUGCGUUUGAGGAGGACCAGGGAAUCCCGCACGCAUCUCGGCCAUACAUCAGCUAUGUUACGCCGAACAACGUGACUAUCAGUGGCCCUCCGUCUGUCCUAGACACCGUGGCCAAGACCUCACCGUUCUCGGAACUGAAGGCGGCUAGAGUCUCAGUCUUUGCACCAUAUCACACUUCCCAUCUCUACUCGGAAGCUGACGUGGAGGCCAUCCUUGCCUCUAGCGACAACAAGAUCCUUGACUCUUACCAACCGAAGAUUCCAGUCUUUUCCGGCGUCACUGGCGAGGUCGUCCAAGCUGCCACCUUCGGCGACAUUCUGCGUAUUGCCCUUCGAGAGAUCUUGAUGGAGCCCAUUCGUUGGGAUAAACUGCUUGAAGGCACCGCGGCUGAACUGCAGAAGACUGGCGUGACUUAUGCCACCAUCAUGCCUUUCAUCGCCAACGGCUCACAGCACCUUGCCGCCGCUCUCUCUCAAGCCGGCGUUCCCAGCGUCAAGAUCGACGCGGAGAAUACCAACGUGGGCGCGCAACCUCAUGCUCGCGCCCAGCAAUCUAAGAUUGCCAUUGUCGGAUUCUCCGGAAGGUUCCCAGAUGCUGCAAGCACCAACAAGUUCUGGGAGAUCUUGCACCUCGGGAAGGACGUCCACCGCGAGAUCCCCAAGGAUCGUUUUGAUGUGGAUGCCCACUAUGAUCCUACCGGCAAGAAGAAGAACACCUCUCGCGUACGGCACGGCUGCUUCAUUGAGGAACCAGGUCUUUUCGACGCCCGAUUCUUCAACAUGAGCCCGCGUGAAGCUGCGAAUGCUGACCCGGGCCAGCGGUUGGCCAUCACCACUGCCUAUGAGGCAUUUGAGAUGGCUGGCUUCGUCCCCAACCGUACUGCGUCUACGCAGCGCGACCGCGUUGGUAUCUUUUACGGCAUGACUAGCGACGAUUGGCGAGAGGUCAACUCUGGCCAGAACGUCGACACAUACUUUAUCCCCGGCGGUAACCGAGCCUUCACCCCUGGUCGCAUCAACUACCACUUCAAGUUCAGUGGUCCUUCGUUCAGUGUUGAUACAGCCUGCUCUUCCAGUUUUGCCGCCAUCCAUACCGCAUGCAACUCCCUCUGGCGAGGUGAUUGCGAUACUGCCAUUGCCGGAGGAACGAACGUGAUGACUAAUCCUGACAACUUUGCUGGCUUGGAUCGAGGUCACUUUCUUUCUACCACUGGCAAUUGCAACACAUUCGACGAUGCCGCCAACGGAUACUGCCGUGCUGACGCUGUAGGCACGAUAAUCAUGAAGAGGUUGGAGGAUGCAGAGGCCGACUGUGAUCCCAUCCACGGUGUCAUUCUAGGUGCAUACACGAACCAUAGUGCUGAAGCUGAGUCUAUGACCCGUCCGCACGUCGGAGCUCAGGCGUUCAUCUUCGACAAGAUGCUGAACGCUGCGAACGUCAACCCCCUCGACGUCAGCUACAUUGAGAUGCAUGGUACUGGCACUCAAGCCGGGGACGCUGUCGAAAUGGGUUCAGUCCUCAAGGUCUUCGCGCCCAGAGAAGGCGGACGACCUGCCCAGUCGCUUCACUUGGGCUCAGCAAAGGCAAAUAUCGGACAUGCUGAAUCUGCCUCAGGCGUUGCUUCUCUCAUCAAGGUGCUGAUGAUGAUGAAGAACAACGAGAUUCCUCCUCACUGUGGCAUCAAGACCAAAAUUAAUCACAGUUUCCCGGACCUUGCAGCUCGUAACGUCCAUAUCGCGCGCAAACCGACUCUUUGGCACCGUCCUGAGGGAGGCAAGCGAACGGUCUUCAUGAACAACUUCAGUGCGGCCGGAGGCAACACCGCGCUCCUAAUGGAAGACGCUCCGAUUGCCUACCGCGAUGCGAAGCCAGAUCCGCGUCCGACCCACACAGUUGCAGUGUCUGGGCGGUCGAUCCUCUCCCUCAAGAGGAACUUGGAAUCCUUCGUCACCUUCCUCGAACAGCACCCGACUACCUCUCUUCCGGCCCUCUCUUACACUACCACCGCUCGUCGGAUGCAUCACAACCACCGCAUCAUGGUGACUGGUUCCGACAUUACCACCAUCAAGAAGAAGCUCCAGGAUGCCACUCAACGCCAGGACUUGAAGCCGGUCCCAGCCAAGCUGCCCAAGGUUGCAUUCGCUUUCACCGGUCAAGGUGUGCUUCAGUCUGGUAUGGGGAAGCAGCUUUACGAGAACUUCGCCCAGUUCCGCAACGACAUUCAACGCUUCGACCGCAUCGGCACGAGCCAUGGCUUCCCAAGCAUUCUGCCUCUGAUUGAUGGCUCGUUGGAUGAUGUUGACAACGUCAGCCCCGUCAUUGCCCAGCUUGGCACCACCUGUAUGCAGAUGGGACUCACCCGCCUCUGGGCUUCCUGGGGAAUAACCCCUUCCGCUAUCAUCGGCCACAGUCUCGGCGAGUACGCCGCGCUCAAUGCUGCUAGUGUUCUGUCUGCGAGCGACACUAUCUAUCUCACCGGGAAGAGGGCGCAGCUCCUUGUCGCUCGAUGCUCAAUGGGCACCCACUCCAUGCUCGCAGUUCAGACCUCGCUGGCUCAGGUUGGCACGCACCUUGUUGGCAAGCCUUGCGAAGUCGCUUGCAUCAAUGGUCCGAACGCGCUGGUUCUUAGUGGCGCAAACGACUGCAUCGAUGCUCUUGCCGAGGAGCUUGCUAGUGCGAAGUUCAAGUCGACGAAACUCAAGGUGCCGUACGCGUUCCACUCUGCUCAGGUUGAGACGAUUCUCUCCGACUUUGAGGCCGUAGCCGAGAAGAUCCGCUUCGCCACGCCCGCUGUUCCAUUCAUCUCUCCGCUCCUCGGUGAAGUUGUUGAGGGUGAGGGCGUCUUGAACCACCUCUACCUCAGCCGAGCAUGCCGCGAGACGGUCGACUUUGUCUCUGGGCUCAAUGCCGCUCUUGACACCAACAUCAUCACCGAGAAGACAUUGUGGGUUGAGCUCGGAUCGCACCCCGUCUGCAGUGGUAUGGUAAAAUCCAUCGUCGGCAGUGAAACGGUCGUUCUUCCAUCGCUGCAGAAGAACAAGGAUUCUUUCGACGUCCUUUCUAGUAGUCUUGCGGGUCUCCAUCUAGGAGGCAUUGAAGUCAACUGGAAUGAGUACCAUCGCGACUUCAAGAUGUCACACAGGGUCAUCGAGCUCCCUGCCUACAACUGGGAUAGCAAGACCUAUUGGAUUCAGUACAACAACAACUUCUGCCUGACCAAAGGCGAUGCUCCGGCGCCCGUUCCUGCCGCCCUUCCAGCGCCUGUCCAAUCCAAGCUGUCGACCUCUUCGGUGCAGAGAAUGAUCGAGGAGAACCUUGACGGUGCGAAGCCCUCUGUGCUCAUGGAGUCAAAUGUACAAGACCCUACCCUUGUUGCAGCAUUCACGGGUCACCAAGUCAAUGGCACGCCGCUCUGCCCAUCCUCGCUCUGGGCCGACGUUGCUCUUACCCUCGCCGACUAUCUCAUCCACAACAGCAAGUCGAAGCCCUCUCAGACCGGGAUGAAUGUCGCCGAGAUGGUGGUCAAGAACCCUCUGAUCGCUACCGGAGAGAAGCAGCUUUUCCGCUCCUCUGCUGUUGCUAAUUGGUCUGCGAAGGAGAUUGCAGUCCACAUCUACAGUGUCAACGAGCAGGGUAAGAUGACUACCGACCACGCUAACUGCAAGGUCAAGCUCGGUGACCCCGAUGCCUGGGCGGCUGACUGGAAGCGCAACUCGUACCUCAUCCGAUCUCGCAUCGAUGCUCUGCACCGCGGGGUUGAUGAUGGCGCUACCAACCUCAUCAAGCGCGGCAUGGCCUACAAGCUCUUCGGUGCGCUCGUCAACUACAACGAGCAAUACAAGGGCAUGCAGGAGAUUGUCAUGAACAGCGAUGAUCUCGAGACCUCUACUCGCGUCAAGUUCCAGGCCGACCCGACCAACGGCAAGUACUAUUGUGCGCCGUACUGGAUCGACAGUCUUGGUCAGGUCACUGGCUUCACCAUGAACGCCAAUGAUAACACCGAUUCUAAGGUCCAGGUGUACAUCAACCACGGCUGGGACACCCUGCGCAUUGCUGAGAGGUUCUCAGCGGAGAAGAGUUACCAGACUUAUGUCAAGAUGCAGAACAUUGGCGGCACUAUGCACGCCGGUGAUGUGUACAUCUUCGAUGGCGAGACCGUCGUCGCCAUGUAUGGAGGCGUCAAGUUCCAAGGUGUUCCUCGCAAGGUCCUCGACUUCGCCCUGCCAGGUGCUGGUAAGGUGGCGCCGAAGGCUACCUCCGCCAAAGCCGCCACGCCCAAGCCUGCGGCGAAGUCUAUGCCGGUUCCUGCUGCCGCUGUGGCUGCGAAGCUCCAGGCAAAGCCCGCGAAGCCUGCUCCGGCCCCUAAAUCCACUGGCCCAAGCGUUGCUGACAAGGCCCUCAACAUCAUCUGCGAUGAGGUCGGUGUCUCUAUGUCCGACCUGGUCCCAACGGCGGCCUUCGCAGACUUUGGUGUCGACUCUCUCCUUUCACUCAACAUUUCUGGCCGUUACCGCGAGGAGCUCGACCUUGAUAUGGGGAGCUCUCUCUUCAACGACUACCCGACCGUCAAGGAACUAGUUUCUUUCCUUAACAAGAACAGCGAUGCUCAGGAUGUUGUGGUCGUUUCUGAGAUCAGCUCCUCCUAUGCAUCUACCCCUGCAACCGAAUCCGAAGCUGGAGAUGCCACGAGCACCAGCGGAGGCUCCAUCGAGGGCGACGAUGCUGGCGUUAUUGACUCUAUUCGCCGCAUCCUUGCCGAGGAGAUUGGCGUUAAGGAGGCUGAGAUCACUGGAACUCUGGACCUUAGUGAGCUUGGCAUGGACUCUCUCCUGUCGCUGAACGUUCUCGGCCGUCUACGUGAAGAGCACGCCAUGGACCUGCCCUCUGAUCUCUUCGCGGCCAACAACUGCCUCAACGCAAUCGGAGCUGCUCUCGGUAUCCAGUCGAAGUCCGCCCCGCCUGCCGCGGCUUCUCCUGCUGACAACUCGCCCCCUGAGACCGCUUCUGUUGUUGUGAAGGAGCUAUCAAUCCCUCUCCAGUCUAAGCCCGCCCAGACUCUCCCCCGCGCAUCUUCGAUCCUUCUCCAGGGCUCACCGAAGUCUGCUACCAAGCAGCUCUUUCUGUUCCCUGAUGGUUCCGGCUCUUCGACCUCCUACGCUCCGCUGCCCCGCGUCGCACCCGACACCGCCGUGUACGGACUGAACUGCCCGUACAUGAAGACGCCCCAGGACAUGAAGUGCGGACUCUCUGACCUCACGGCACCCUACCUUGAUGAGAUCCGACGCCGCCAGCCCCACGGUCCAUACUACCUUGGUGGCUGGAGCGCAGGUGGCAUUUGCGCAUACGAUGCCGCACAGGUUCUCACUCGCGCUGGUGAGAAGGUUGAGCGGCUGAUCCUUCUCGACACGCCGAACCCUAUCGGCCUUGAGAAGCUGCCCACGCGCCUCUACGACUUCUUCAACAGCAUCAACCUCUUCGGCCAGGGCGGUGCACCCCCGCCAUCAUGGCUGCUGCCGCACUUCCUCGCUUUCAUCGACGCUCUCGACACCUACAAGGCCAAGCCAUUCCAGGGCGAGGCGCCCCAAGUGCACGUCAUCUGGGCCGAAGAUGGUGUAUGCAAGGACGGCAGUAUCCCACGACCGGAGGAGCGAGCCGAUGACCCACGGGAAAUGAAAUGGUUGCUCAACAACAGGGCGGACCUUGGGCCGAACGGCUGGGAUACGCUUGUUGGUGCGGCGAAGGUGAAGAUUACGAGCAUGAAGGAAGCGAACCACUUCACCAUGAUGGAGGGUGUGAAGGCGAAGGAGCUGAGCCAGUUCAUUGCCAGCGCUAUGGUAUAGGCGAUUGUCUUUUGUCUGUAAGCUUUUCUUUUCUUUCUGUUAUGUCACUCUUCAUGUACAUGACUCUUCUCUUCUUGUACUGCUGACGCUCGGCAUCGUUUGGGAAGGCGGUGUCGCCCGGG